UUGCUUUAUUUGCAAAUGCGAGAAGUUCAGACCUUGGGAGCUCUCCAAUGACUGCAGAAAACGCUACCGAAGUUGACGAUUUAUUAGAAGAUGAUGGACCUAGUUUUCCGGCGUAUGGAAGGUUAUCAUUUCAUUGCGACCCAUCGGAUAAUAAUACAGACGAAGAACAGUCGACUAGGAGCGGUCGGUCAUCCUCAUCCUGCUCUCUGAAUGGGUUGCAUUCGUUUGAACAAGGCGAAGAGCCAGAUGGUGGCAAUAAACAUGUCGAAGAAUUCCAUAUUGUCGACCGCACUGCUGACGCAAUACCACUUCACUUUGCUCCCAAAAUCGUAGGAGCAGCCAUCGUCGGCGACAUCAAGCAUUAUGUAGAAUACACAAUACUACUGAACUAUAAUGGACAUGAUCUCAAUAUGUCAGACUGUGCUAUUCGACGGCGCUUCUCUGAUUUUUGUUCAUUGCAUGUAUCACUAUUGAAACAUCAUGACAGCCACAUGACUGGCAUAGUUCUUCCACCAAAAGUUUGGUUUGGAAACUUAAGUCCCAGUCUCAUUGAAAAGAGGAGACAAGCGUUAGAAGUAUAUCUUGCAGCUAUUACAAGCAAUAUUAUUCUCAGGCAGAGUCAGCCAUUUGUAAGUUUCUGUUCGUACAAGGAAGUCUCUCAGGCAUCUGCUAUGACCAAGGCCAUGAACUAUGAGCAAGCACACUGUCUGUUUCAGAAAGCAUUUAUAGCACAAAGUGAGCUGCUGGGAACAUCUCAUCCUAUUGUGGUGGAAACUUGUUGCUAUUUGGCUGCUGUCAAUUUUCAACGAGGUUUGUUGGAAGAAGUGGCAAGGUACAGUGAAAUGGCACUCAAAGUCCUAGAGAGAGAAAACCAUUGGAUGUGGCUUCCUCCGCUUGUAAGGCUUAUGAUAAGAACAUACAGAGGCUUGGAUAGAGUAGCUGAUGCAACACGAUUAGAACUCUGGUUAGGGCAACUGAGGACGUCAGCAUAUGAAAAAAGUCUACUGCAACUUGCUGCUGAUAUAUAAAACAAUUGCUUCAUUUGUUGGAUUAAGUUUUCUAUACACUUUGAAUUACAGAUGACGUAUAGUUUUUUAUUUAUUAAUUAGGAGUCCAAUUGUAAUUAACAACUUUGUUUGGCUGUUG